AUGUGCUCAGUAGUACGUACAGUUGCUGCUUCUAACGCUCGUGUCUUAUCUUCUUUAAAGUCACCACUAUAUGUUGUCGUAGUUGGUGGUACAGCAGGUAUUGGCCGAGCAAUUGCUCUUUCAAUUGGCCAACAGUGUCCAUCUGCCAACAUUACGAUUAUAGGACGAAAUGAAUCUGCUGCUAAUUCUAUAUUACCACAACUAGGUUCAAAUUCAAAGUUUAUACGUGCCGAUGUAUCGCUUAUGUCUGAAAUUCGAAGUGCCACACAAAAAAUUGAUGCAGUGGAUAUGCUGAUCUUAUCACAAGGUAUAGCGUCAAUGGCUGGUCGUACACCAACGACAGAAAAUAUUGAUAAUAAACUAGCUUUACAUUACUAUGGUCGAGUAUUAUUCAUACAAGAACUUCUACCAUUACUUCGAUCAUCUCAAAACGGUGGUAAAGUUCUGUUUGUUUUUGAUAGUAUGAGAGGUAAUCCAUCAAAGGUUAUUUGGAAUGAUAUGGCUCUUGAAAAUACAUAUUCUCUUAUGUCGGCUGGUAACCAUCCAAUGGUAUUUACCGAUCUUGUUAUACAACAUUUUGCAUCACAACCAGAGAACACAAAUGUUACAUUUACACAUGCAUGUCCAGGUGCAGUUAAAACACAAAUAACUGAUGGUUUCCCAAUCUGGGCUCGAUUGCCAUUGAAAGGUAUCAUAGCAAUGGGUCUUGGUAUCAGUCCGGAAGAUUGUGCUGAAUAUAUGAUACAUGGAAUGCUUGAAACGGACAAAGGGUGGAGAUGUGUGGAUAACAAAGGUGAAAUAUUAUCAAAGAAAACACCAGCACAACCAGAUAUGAUAGAAAAAGUUUGGGAACACACAUCUCAAUUACUUUCUUCAACACAAAAAAAUCAUUCUUAA